CUUUAUCAUUUCGGUGGCAAACUUAACGUAGUAUGGCCGUCGUUUGGAAGUAUUCACAGUUUUACUUCCACAAAGAAUACGCGAUAAACAUUUCACAGAGCGAAUUAAGAAAGACAUUCUUAAAUAAAUUCUUUACGCGUGUGAGAUAAAAAGUAAACACAAGUGUUUGUUUGAUAAAUAGAAGACAGAGUAAUUUUGAUUAUUUUUUUUUAUAAAUUUUACAAAUUUCUCCGUCAAAAAUUUCAAUAUGUGGUUAGUCAGCCAACCUAAUUCUGUGAUUUUGGAAGUCAAGGUGGAACCUAACUCGAUUGGACAGCAGUGCUUAGAAAAAGUGUGCGAAAAACUCGAAAUAGGCGCAGAAGCCGACUACUUUGGCCUUCGUGUCUGUUCCGGGUCCGGUCCGGGAAGAUGGCUGAACCUCCGCAACCAUAUGGACCCACACCGCAUACCUAGCAGGCGACUAGACCUCCGCGUCAAAUUCUGGGUACCCCCACAUCUCCUAAUAAACGAGCCAACGCGACAUCAAUUCUACCUGCACGCGAAAUUAGAUCUUAUCGAGGGGAGAUUGGUUGUAGCGGACCAAGAAGUCGCAAGGCGUAUCAUCGCCUAUAUCGCUCAAGCGGAAACCGGAGAUUGCGACCCCGAUGUCCCAUCACCCGUGUACGCUGAAUGCCAUAAAAUCGGUCCGCAGGGCGAGAAACCAGAUGAUCACAUGGAGAAAAUCAUCGAGUACCAUUGUGAAAUCGCUGGAAUGAAAGCGUCGCAAGCUGAAUACAGACUGUUGAAGGAGAUAUCGAAGUUGGAAUCGUUUGGGGAAGAAUUGUUCUUUUGCAAGCCAGUGACGCAGAGCAAUAACGCGUACAAUCUGUAUAGUCACCUGUUAUACCACAGACAGCAGGCCGAAGAGCAGCCGAGGGCGAGAGAUGAGCAGGAAAUUGAUGGGGGGGCGACUGUAGGAUGUUUGGCCAGUGGGCAGAGUGGAGGGGGCUGUGGGUGUAGACUGAGCACGUGUGUUGGUGUGGGACCGCACGGCAUCGUCGUGUACAGGCCGGCCUGCAACGGUGAACAAGAGAUCGGUGUGGAAAAGCAAAGUAUUCCCUACACCGCUAUCCACCGAGCGCAACCCCUGCGACGUAUCUUCCAACUGGCCUACGUCACGGGGGAAGGUCACGAAGCAACGAUGCACGUCAAAAUGGCGACGUCCGGACAAGCCGCAGCGCUUUACCGCGCUGUAACCGAAAAACACGCUUUCUACUGCUGUGAAACAGUCAGGACGGAUGUCACUGAACAGUUCAUUAGAGAUCUAAAGGGUACGAUAGCGUCGAUAUUCAACGACUCGUCGACGCUGGGUCGCCGCUACGUGUUCGACAUCCGGCGCACGUGCCGAGAGGUGCACGACCGCGCGCGCAGGGACGCGCACGCGCGCGCCGCGCACGAGCCGCGCCCGCGCCGCGCUGCGCCCGCACACGAGCCGCGCGCGCGCUCGCGCUCGCACAGCGGCGACGUGUUCGCGUGCCGCGUGUGUAUGGACGCGCCCAUCGACUCGCUGUUCCUGCCGUGCCGCCACGUGGUCUGCUGCAGCGACUGUGCCCCCAGAUGUGAACGCUGUCCCCUGUGCCGCGGCGAAAUAGAAAAACUAAUGCACAUAUUUCUACCGGUGGAAUACGAGAAAAGUCCUGGCGUUAUAAUAAAAUAAUCGACGGUUCAUACGCGAUAUUUCGCUUUAACGAAACGGAACUUGAAUGCAGCGAAAACGUCAAAAUUUUCGAACGAAAAUUUUCUCUGACGUGUUAGCCGUUUUGGCGCGAAGGUGAUUUGACAGUGACAGGACGCGAGGAAUCGUUGAUUUACAGAAUUGUGCACAAGUGGCCUUUUUGGACAAUAAAAGUAUAAUGUGUGUGUGUGAUUGUCUAGUCAGAACUUUUGACGUGUUAAAUGUGCAUUUUUUAAUUUGUAAUUUGUCUGCGGAAUGUUGUUCGACUGAGAAGUUUGAUCACAUUCCGCCGUAUUCAGCUAUCGGUACUUACUUGUUAGCAUUUAAGAAUAACUGUAUUUUAUGACUAUAAAAAAAAAAUUAACAAAAAAAACCCUAAUACUUACAUAGCUAAGUAAAUUUUCCUUCGUUUUAGAAGGCGCUAUCAAUCUAUCCAACUCAAAAAUGUACUUGCGAUAACAUUAACAUUCUAUCUAUGCCACGCGCGUCUUCAUUUUAACACAAAAAAUACUAAAAAUAGAAAAAAAGGAUAGAAUAAACAUUACCAAAUAUGUUUUAUGUAAGUAAACAAUUGCAUUUGUAUUACACGAUUUGUAUUGAUAGUUAUUGAUAAGUUACACUUUUAAAUAUCUAAGUUAAAGUAAUCGUAAGACCUGUGGUCUGUAAGUUAUUUGUGAAAUGCAAUAAAACUUAGAAUACUGCCAAA